UCUUACAAUAAGUUUCAUUCUACAUUCGAUAACAGAUAACACAUUUAAGUGUUUGUGGUUGUUAACAAAUUUGUGUUUUUUUUCGAUAUGUCUGAUACCAGACAACCGGAAAAUCCUUCUCAAAAGAUUGAUUGGGGACGAGAAGCUGUUCUUACAUUAGUUGAAGAAUGGGGUAAAAUCGAGUGUCUGUAUAAUUCGAGACACACAUGGUACCAUAACAAAAAAGCCAGACACGGUGCACUUUCAACUAUUUGUAAGAAACUCAAAGUUUAUUAUCCAAAUAUAACCGUUCAUGAUGUGAAGGUUAAAAUCAACUACCUACGUAGCCAGUACUGUCGAGAAAAGCAGAGACUGGAAAUGCUGGCUAAUGAAUCUAUAACAGAUGAAAUAUAUCAUCCAAUAACAGUGUACUGGUAUGACAAAUUAGCAUUCCUCGAUGACUACAUAAAAAUGAGAAAGAGGAAGUACAAUACGAGUGAUACAAAUAAAGAAAAUCCCAAAACCUCCGAAGUUGGUCCAAGUUCGUCAAAUGCCUGCACAGGUUUGGACAAUGCUUCUAUCGAAGAACAACCUGUUGAUAAAAUAGACAUCAAAGAUGAAACAUACUAUUUUCCGUCUUAUGGGAAUUCACCUUCAGCUAGCCAAUUGGACGACUAUUCUCAAGAAGAAUUUAGGCCACCACAAAUUUCCGAUCCGAAAAAAUGUAAUAAAAGAAAAAGACAAAUAUAUGAAGAUGACCUUAGUAAUCCAGACUUGAUGACGUUGAAAAAAAAUAAACUACAAUUGGAAAUUUAUAAUUUACGAUUGGAUGCUUUGAAAAAAGAAAUUGACCUUGGAUUGCCAAGGAGUCAAUUUACUGAAGAAUUGUACAAAAAUUGGGAUGAUGUUCCCAUCAAAGAGGAAACAUAAAAUUGCGGAUGAGAUGUUUCUAUAUCGAAAGAUAAGUUUAAGUUUUCAGAUACUAAAUCAAAAAUUAAUUUAAAUAAAAAAUAAAAACAAAAAAAUUUUAAAAAAAUGAGGUUUGGUUCAGAAGUUAUUAACGGAUAAAGUUGAAACAUGGUGCUCUUUCCAAAAUAUUUACUUUGGUUCUUCAACUAUGGAUUGAAUUGAAAAAUUUAAACAAAUUCACAUUUAUUUAGCUUUAAAAAAAUUGUUUUCAAAAUCUGAGAUUUCCUUGAAGUUUUUUCUGAUUUCUUCCUCGUUCCCUCUUUUCAGCUCGACUUAGACAAACGAAAUCAAGUGCUUCUCGUGGAUUGUAAGAUUUGAUUUCCGACCUUUUUGUUGAUAGUUGAUCACCAAUCUUUGAACCCUUGAAUUUAAUUCCUUCGCGAGGGUAAGAACUAAGUGGUUCAUGUGGAAUGAUUUCUUUCUUUGUUUCUGGAAUCGGUAUUGCAUUAUAUCCUUUAUAACGAUAAGACCCUGAAGUUUGUAGUUUUAUAUUUGAUUUCCUCAGAGCUGUACCUGUGUUGAAGACUUUUUCGUUAAGAGACUUUCGUUUCACAGGCAUUAAUACAAAAGAUGAAAACUCUGAUUUAAGAUUACUUUCGUUAUACUUUCUAGGCAUUUUCAGAACGGGUGCAGUUUUCAACUUGUUAUAACUUUCUAUGGAUGGAUGGUUCCAUCCUUUGAAAGACAGCUCUUGUUUACAUUUCUCAAGUUGUUCUACACUUGGAGGCUUUUGUUUCCUAAGACAGAUUCUUUUCUUUAACACAUCAUUUAUGAACAUCAGAUCAUUGCAAAUUGUAUUCGAAACCUCGAUAGUUUUCGACUUGGUAUUCACUUCAUUGAAGAGCCUCAUUGGAGCUGUGUAUUUGGAGAUAAUAGAAUUAUCAUAAUAUUUUGUAUUUGUACUUGGCAAGACUUCAAUUCCUCUAAAUGUCUGAAACUGCAUUCCCUUAGCUGGUGUAUAAAUCUUUUUUCGGUAUUCUUCAUCGUUAUUUGGUAUUGGUUUACUCCGAACCACACUCGAUUUUGAGCUCGCAACACUCGAAGUGUAUCUGCAUCGAGCAUAGAUUUUAAAGUUCGGUGUCUUAUUGAGAAGCUUCUUUGGUGGUGUAACAAAACUGUUUCUAGCUGUCAUUGCUGGAGAUCGAUAUCCAUUUGAACGAAGUUUUGAAAUAGGUUUAUUGUUUAUAAUGGGUAUGGUGAAUUUUUCUAGA